ACCAAAAGUCUUGUCUUCUCUACUCCUACCAUUUUUUUUUUGUCUAUUCUUCAUUCUGCCCCUCUCUUCAUUCUCUUUGCAUUUUGAGAUAUUCAAAACUUUUUGUGUGGUUUUUGAAGAUGGGGCAACAAUCUUUGAUCUACAGCUUUGUGGCUCGAGGCACCAUGAUUCUUGCUGAGUACACUGAAUUUUCUGGGAACUUCACCACCAUUGCCUCUCAAUGCCUGCAGAAGCUUCCUUCUACAAACAACAGAUUCACCUACAAUUGUGAUGGCCACACUUUCAAUUAUCUUGUUGAAAGUGGAUUCACCUACUGUGUGGUGGCUGUUGAAUCUGCUGGUAGACAGCUUCCUAUUGCUUUUCUGGAACGUGUGAAGGAAGAAUUCAGCAAAAAAUAUGGUGCAGGAAAAGCUGCAACUGCUUCUGCUAAGAGCCUAAACAGAGAAUUUGGGCCAAAACUGAAACAGCAAAUGCAAUACUGUGUUGAUCAUCCUGAAGAGAUCAACAAACUUGCCAAAGUGAAGGCUCAAGUUUCUGAAGUGAAGGGUGUGAUGAUGGAAAACAUCGAGAAGGUGCUUGAUCGAGGAGAAAAGAUUGAGAUGUUGGUGGAUAAGACUGACAGUCUUCGCUCACAGGCACAAGACUUUAGAACACAGGGCACAAAGGUUAAAAGGAGAUGUGGGUUCAAAAUAUGAAGAUCAAAUUGAUUGUUUUUGGCAUCGUCUUAGCAUUAAUUUUGAUCAUGUUUAUGUCAAUAUGUCGUGGCAUCAGCUGCUUAC